GAUCUAUUACCAGCUAUAGGAAUACCCAAUAAAAAUAACCCAAAUAUACAGUAUGCUACAGGUACCCAGGGCUACCCAUCCUUUGAACUUAAAGCUGGGGCUGAUAUAAGGCGCACAGCACAGACAUUUUUUAAACGCCCAUUAUUUAAGGACUUUGCCAUCCGAACUACAGUGAGAUUCGAUCAACGUAGUGGAGGCUUCCUAUUCGCUGUGGUGAAUCCGUUUCAGACUAUCAUCACUUUUGGAUUAAGUGUGACAUCACAUAGUGACAGUCAGCGCCAAACGGUCAAAUUAUAUUACACACCAAAUACUAAAUUUCAAGAAGUGCCAUUAGUGAUAGCUGAAUUUACCAUAGACUCCAUUGCUGGAAAAUGGACAAAGUUAGGUGUCCGUGUGGAAGGUGAUGAAAUUACGCUAUUUGUGAAUUGCAAGGAAUAUCAGUCUUUGGAAUAUCGUAGACGUGUGGAACAAUUAGAUUUUGAACCUGGAUCAACACUCUUUAUUGGAAAAGCAGGACCC